UGAAUGUGAUUUGAUUUCAAUCUCAAGCUGAGCACACAGAGCGUCAGAUUAAACAGCAGUUUGAGAAGCUUCAUCAGUUUCUCAGAGAUGAAGAAGAAGCUACAAUCACUGCACUGAGGGAGGAAGAGGAGCAGAAGAAGCAGAUGAUGAAGGAGAAGCUGGAGGAGAUGAACAGACACAUCUCAGCUCUUUCACACACAAUCAAAGACACAGAGGAGAUGAUGAAAGCCAGUGACGUCUGCUUUAUGGAGGAGUUUCCAGUCACGAUGGAAAGAGUCCAGAUCUCAUCACAGCCGGAUCCACAGACGCCUUCUGGAGCUUUGAUUCAUGUGCCGCGUUACUUGGGCAACCUGCCCUUCAGAGUCUGGAAGAAGAUGCAGGACAUCGUCCAAAACAGUGAGUCUGGAGAAGAUCUGUGCUGUUACACACACACUGGAAAUGACGCAUGAGGGAAUAUUUACAGAUUUCAGCAUUAUGUGUGAAUAACCAGAUGAGCUGCUACACCAAAAUGAGCCGAAAAACAAGAGAAGAACAACUUUGGUCCACAUGAUAUUUACAGUUACAGUGAUACAGCAGAUCUCAGUUCAGUUUGAUUGAUCGGCAAAUCUAAAAUAUUUACUGUAACAAACACUGACAGUGAUCAGAGGAGAAUGUCUGAUGUGUUUGAUCAAUAGCACGAGUGUCAUAAUCAGUGUUAAUUUCAUCAAUGAAGAUGAGAUGUUGACAAGCUAAAACUAAUAUAUGAUCAGGCGCGGCUCGUCUAUAUUCAUCCACAACAUAAACUGAAAAAAGAAUAG